AUGGCAACUCACCAAGGACCGCCCCGUCGCAACGGUGUCAGUGGGUUCAAUAUGACGGGUCCACUAACUCCCGCCAUACCUCUGAUCGCCCCGCCCCGCAAGAGACCCAUUGGGUCCCAGAUUGUGCCUGGUCCUUCUACUCAUGCCACUUCUCUUAACAACCAGGGUCCUCCGUACAGGAUCACCCCCCUGGUGGGCCCCGACACAGCCCAUUCUUCCUCUUUCGGACAGACCACUGUCCGAACAAGCCAGUCGCAGCGUGAGCUCUCCGCGCUUGGCAGUCAACUGGUGGAUGCCGAAGCGACAAUCUCUCGGCAGGAGAUGGAGCUGAACCACGCCAAGUCCCAGGUUUCAGCCCUCCGAUCUCUUAACGCCGCACAGCGACGCACCACCAAGUUUGUUGACCAAGAGCAAAUGGAUGCCUUGAUCAGCCAAUCUCGCGGUAGCCGAUCCCGCGAUGUUGAUGCGCAGCUCCGGGUUCUUGAGGAUCGGUUGGACGAAGCCGCCGAAGAGCUCGAACGUGCGGAGGGUAACCUAAAGUCCCUCCAGGCUUGUAGACAAGGUCUGGCAAAAGACCAGACAGACCUCCGGGAGCUGCGGCAACUGCUCGCAGCUACGGAACAUAACAUGCGGCGCCAAGAGCGCAUUGUGGGUGCGGAGAGCCGAUUCAAAGGCCUCCUUAAGACCAUGGAAAGGAUGCUUGCCUCGUCGAUGGAAAACGCAAGGGCCAGUCAGAUCCAGACUCGCAGUGCGCCGAUUGCUGAGUCCAAGACCAACCCUGUGGGUAUUGCACGUCGCCUUGUCAUGAGGAGCCACGAACUAGGCUCCCAGGGGCAUCCAUUUGACCACCACUCACAGCAACUCGACAAGGGAAAAGAACGUGGCCCGAGAUCUCUCCCUCCCGAGGAACGCGAAUGUGAUGAGGGCCUUACCUCCAAUUCUAAUGAGUCUUAUUUAUCCUCGAUUUCCCCAUCGGACAGCCUCACCAUUGCGAUGCCACUGGAUCCUCGCAAUUCAUCACGGGAUGGGUCACCAAUGUCACUGGAUCCUCACGAAUCAUCACGGGACGGAUCACCCAUGAGUAUCACUAUUGAGCCCAUGGGACAGGAACUUGCCGCCCACAUGUUGCAGGCAGAUGAGUCGCAGAUGGGCGACCAAAAUGCAGUGGUGCAAGGAGCACCAGGCACCACCUUUACCAACGCUCCCCAGCAAGUGGAGACUCACGGCAUGAUGCAAAACAAGAACCAGUUGUCUGACUUUGAAAUCGAAAAACUGAACGGUCAGGACUUUGACGGCUACAUGGACUGGGAAUAUACGUAUGCGCAGACUAUCACACCUUGCACGAAAGAUGACCCGAGCCAGGAAUCUGAUGUCUGCAUGCUUGACGUAAUCCCAGUGCGUCGCAGACUAAAUCCCCGGAUCGCAUUUGCUCGACGAAAGGAUCGCAUCAUCUUCAAGGGCAAGGCGGUCCUCUGGGCAACCACCACGUAUGCACGCGGCCGCGAUCCCAAAAUUAAGUGGCAACGUCUUACCGGGGUAAAUCGACGUCAUCUUACCAAUGAUAAUCGGCCUCGCCUUACCGACAAUCGGCCUAGCGUGAGCCUGGGUCUGACAAUGAUCGUCAAUCUCCCUAGACGAAAGAGGGUAGCCAGCUUCAACAGGUUCAGCGAGGACGAAGAACCAAGCCCCAAGAAGCGGAUUACAAAGAAAAUCGUGGAAGCCAACGGUUCGCUUUUACUUUCCCGUUCUGAGGUAUACGUGAUAAACACAGCCCCGAAAGUGCCAGAGAUGAGUGAGCCAGCUAUUUCGCAGCCUACUCAGACUAUUUCGGAGGACACUGAGUCUGCCAAAACCGAGCAGAUGCCUACACCGGCAGUUAUGAGUGAGCCAGCUGUUUCUCAGCCUACUCAGACUGUUCUGGAGUACACCGAGAUUGUCUUGAUCGAGCAGGUGCCCACUGCAGCAGCCAUGAGUGUGCUAGCUGUUCCCCAGCCGAUUCAAGUUGUCGUGGAGGUCACCGAGCAGGUUCCUAUCGAUGAAGCUUUGGGUGAUCCCGCGGUUACUCAGCAGACUCAAGCUGAUUCGGAGGAAAACGAGACUGUCGAGACCGUGCAGGUUCCCACUGAGGCAGUGACGAGUGAGCCAGCUGCUCCCAAGCCAUCUCAAACUACCUUGAAGGCCACUUUGCACGAGUCUAGUGUAUUUGAGUACACUAUGCUGGCGUCCACUGUGUCCAUUCCGUCUGACGAAGUUGUGGAUGCGCCUGCUCCUAGUGAGCCGGCUCCAACUGAGUCAGUCCAGACUGAGCCACCGUCAACUGAGGAAAUUCUGAGUGCGCCUGCUGUUAUUGAGCCGACUCUGAAUGAAUCAGAUCUGACUUGGCAGACCAAGGAUGAGCUUGUUGUUCCGAGCCUGCGGACCGGUACUCGUUCGCACCUCGAUGUAUUGCUUACGAGACGUGCGGCAGGGACUCAAGCUCGUCCUACCAUCAUGUCAUCUUCUGGGGGGUUGCAGGUCACAGCAGCCCCUCGUGUUAUCUCCACCUAUUCCCUGGUGGCUAGUCCCGAAGACGCUUCGGUAAAGAACGCCGUUGCAACAGGGACAGAUUCCCGUGCGGGGGUUUCGAAAGGCACCAAGAGGUUUGAGGACACCGAAAACCCGACUCGCAGCGCUCAACAGUCUGCAGGAGAACAGCGGGAGGAAAUGGGCGGAGAAGAGGCAGCGACUACUAGUCUCCAAAUGCCAGGAGCUUGGCCUUCCGACCCACCCGCCAUCACUGCGUCUGAUGAGUCAGACAUGCAGGAGGGAUCGGCUUUGCUGAGGGGGUUUGUGGACAGGAGCUCGUCGGAUCUCUUUUGGUGUAUUCGCUAUGGUGAUGGUGAUUCUGCUGUCGUUCCCUCUAUGGACAGAUCACCUUAA